AUGGCGCUCAACCUUCCUCCCGGAGGGGGGACGGGUGGAGGGGCCCAUACCCAACCUUCGUUACCCUCGUUGCCGGCCCAUCUUCAGUCGGAUACACACUUGACGGCUCAUCUGGCCAGUCGAUUCCACGUCUCGCUACCUGUUUCCCGACUUUCAUCCCACGCACUCGUUUCCAUCAACACAUACACUAGCUCUACGAAAGGAGAUGGCACCAAAGAGUCUUCCGCCAUGGGCGGUGCCGAGGACAUGGCCGAGAGGGCCUACAUCCGUCUUGGGCAUCGGUCUGAGAACCAAGCUGUACUUUUCUUGGGUGAAUCGGGCUCAGGAAAGACUACUAUCCGUGCUCACGUCUUGACCGCACUCCUCAACAAGUCUUCAACUCCCCUUUCCAGCAAGGUGUCCCUUGCCGCAUAUGUCUUCGAUACGCUCACUACCACCAAGACAGCCACAACGCCGACGGCCUCCAAGGCUGGUCUCUUCUUCGAAUUGCAAUACGACACAGCAUCCACCACCAGCCCACAACUCAUCGGUGCCAAGCUCUUGGAUCAUCGCUUGGAAAGGAGUAGGAUAGCGGCUGUACCAACCGGAGAACGCAACUUCCACGUGCUGUACUACCUCCUGGCUGGUACAAGUCCCGCGGAAAAGGCCCAUUUGGGAUUUGAGGAAAGUACCACAGGGGGUAAGCGGUGGAAGUAUCUGGGUCACCCUACGCAACUCAAAGUUGGCAUCAACGACGCCGAGGGAUUCCAGCUUUUCAAGACGGCCUUAAGGAAACUCGAGUUUCCCAGGACUGAGAUCGCUGAGAUCUGCCAGAUCUUGGCCGCCAUUCUUCAUAUCGGCCAGCUCGAAUUCGAGACGACAUCGAGCACUGCCGCUACUGGCGAUGACAGCGGUGGCUUCUCCCAUGAGGGUGGCCAGACCGUCACUGCCGUCAAGAACAAGGAUGUGCUGGCUGUUGUCGCUGCUUUCCUUGGUGUUGGCGUUCAGGACCUCCAGACGACGUUGGGUUACAAGACCAAGAUGAUCCAUAAGGAAAGGGUCACGGUUAUGUUGGAUCCCGCGGGUGCUCGUGAGAACGCCGACGAGUUGGCGCGGACUUUGUACUCGCUUCUCGUUGCUUACAUCAUCGAGAACGUCAACCAGAAGCUGUGCGCCGCCGAGGAGGCCAUCUCCAACACUGUUUCGAUUAUCGAUUUCCCCGGUUUCCAGCAACAGUCUUCCACCGGCUCCGCGCUUGAUCAGCUGCUCAACAAUGCUGCUGCCGAGGAGUUGUACAACUUGACCCUCCAGAACUUCUUCGACCGCAAGGCCGAGCUGCUCGAGACGGAGGAGGUUACUGUCCCCGCGACAAGCUACUUCGACAAUUCGGAUGCCGUGAAGGGAUUGCUGAAGCCUGGAAAUGGUCUUCUCAGCAUCUUGGAUGACCAGACCCGCCGUCAUCGCACUGACAUGCAAUUGCUUGAGAGUCUGCGCAAGCGCUUCGAGGGCAAGAACCCGGCUAUCGAGGUUGGUUCGGCGACUGCCAAGCUGCCCGGAAGCAACUUUUAUACCGAGAACACUGCUGCGACAUUCACGGUGAAGCACUUCGCUGGUGAGGUCGACUACCCGGUCAAGGGCUUGGUGGAGGAGAACGGUGAGGUUAUCUCUGGUGAUCUCAUGAACCUUAUCAACUCCAGCAAGAGCAACUUUGUCAUCCGCCUCUUCGGCCAAGAGGCCCUUCAGACCGUGGUUCACCCGCAAGAGAAGACCACGGUCAUGCAGGCCUCAGUCAGCUCCAAGCCGAUGCGCACCCCUAGUGUUUUGUCGCGGAAAGGACGUUCCGCCCCCGGUCGGCGACUACGGGGAGAGAAGUCAGAUGCGGAUAUCGCAAUUGACGAGGUCAGCGAGUCGGGAGAGCCUAGCAGGAAGUCCGGCAAGGGCUCAGAACAAGGCGCGGCGGCCCAAUUCCUCUCUGCGCUGGAAAAUGUCAAGACAUCCUUCAACGCGCCCGGGACAAAUUGCUAUUUCGUCUUCUGUCUCAAGCCCAAUGACCGGCGUAUUGCGAACCAGUUCGAUAGCAAAUGCGUCAGGGCACAGGUUCAGACGUUCGGAAUUGCUGAGAUAAGCCAGCGCCUGCGCUCCGCUGACUUCAGUCUGUUCCUGCCGUUUGGUGAGCUCCUGGGCUUGGCGGAUGCUGAGACCAUUUUGGUCGGAACCGAACGCGAAAAGGUCGAGAUGGUUGUUGAGGACAAGAGGUGGCCAAGCAACGAGGUCGCCAUUGGCGCUACUGGUGUCUUCUUGAGCGAGCGAUGCUGGAUGGAACUGGCACAGCUUGGGGAGAACACUUCGACCUCCGGCCGAUACGCGUUGCCGUCGGAUAAUGGUUCUACGCCAGAUCCAUUCAGCGAUCCGAAGGAGCGCCUGUUCGCUUCGACGAGCACCACGCCGCAGAUGUACGACAAGAAGGCCGGCUACUUUGGAAGCAACGAUGUGGAUACGCGAUCGGAGGCCGGUACUGCUAUCGGCGCGGGCGACAUGUUCAAGACAUUCGAGACCCGUGAGCAGAUGGCGGAGAAGGCCAACGAGAAGGAUAUGGCCGAGGUUGAGGUGUACAAGGACAAGCCUAGCCGUAAGCGCUGGGUCUUCUUGGUCUAUCUUUUGACUUGGUUCAUUCCCGAUUUCGCCAUUCGCCUUCUCGGCAGGAUGCCGCGCAAGGAUGUCCGCAUGGCUUGGAGAGAAAAGGUGGCCAUCAACUUCAUCAUCUGGUUCUUCUGCUUGUUUGCUGCUUUCUUCAUUGUCGUUUUCCCGCUACUCAUCUGCCCCAGGCAGCACGUUUACAGUCCUGAGGAGUUGUCCAGCUACGACGGCAAGGGCAAGAACCCUGCUUAUGCGGCUAUUCGCGGUCAAAUUUUCGACAUUGGUGCUUUCGCGCCACGCCACUACCCCAAGUUGGAUUCAAAGUCAUUCACACAGUACGCUGGUCUUGAUAUUUCUGGCCUCUUUCCCGUUCAGGUGUCGGCUUUGUGCCGCGGUAAAAAUGGCAGGAUCGCGGACACCGUCACCCUCGACUACAAGUCGGACAACAUCACCAACGCGGCUGCUGUCAUCAGUAGCCAGGACCGGCACGCGCACUACCAUGAUUUCCGUCACCAGACCAAUGACAGUCGUCCUGACUGGUACGCGGAGGAGCUGAUCCGCCUCAAGGGUAAUGGCUACAAGGUUGGCAACAUUGGUUACUCACCAUCCUAUGUCAAGAAGCUCGCUAGCAAGCAACAAUCAAUUGCUAUCCUCCAAGGCCGUGUCUAUGACAUGACUCAAUAUCUCAAGGGUGGACGUCACCAACGCGCCGCUCCUGGCGAACCUGAUCCCACGGACCCCGAUGCUGUCAACUUCAUGGAACAGUCUGUCGUCGAUCUCUUCGAAGGAAGGGCCGGCGAAGACGUCAGUAAGCUCUGGGACGCCUCGAAUCUUCCCUCGAAUAAGAAGGCCGAUAUGAAGCUCUGUCUCGAUAACCUCUUCUAUAUUGGAGACGUCGAUACACGUAACUCGGCCCGCUGCCAGUUCUCCGAAUACCUCAUGCUCGCUAUCACGAUCAUGUUGUCAGCUGUCAUCGUCUUCAAGUUCUUUGCUGCCCUGCAAUUCGGCCAGAAGAAUAUGCCAGAGAAUCUCGACAAGUUCAUUAUGGCCAUGGUUCCGGCCUACACCGAGGACGAGGACUCUCUGCGCCGUGCCAUCGAUUCCGCCGCCCGUAUGCAGUACGAUGAUAAGCGCAAGCUUCUCAUUAUCGUCUGUGACGGUAUGAUUAUUGGUCAGGGUAACGAUAGGCCUACUCCCCGCAUUGUGCUUGACAUUCUGGGCGUUUCGGAGACGGUUGAUCCUGAGCCUCUCAGCUUCGAGUCGCUCGGUGAAGGCCAGAAGCAGCACAACAUGGGCAAGGUCUACUCCGGUCUUUACGAGGUACAGGGCCAUAUCGUUCCUUUCAUGGUCAUCGUCAAGGUUGGCAAGCCUUCCGAGGUCUCUCGUCCCGGUAACCGUGGCAAGCGUGACUCCCAGAUGGUCAUGAUGCGCUUCCUCAACCGCGUCCACUACAACCUCCCCAUGAGCCCGCUCGAGUUGGAGAUGUACCAUCAGGUCCGCAAUAUUAUCGGCGUGAACCCGACAUUCUACGAGUACAUGCUGCAAAUUGAUGCCGACACGGUUGUGGCGCCCGACUCGGCGACGCGCUUCGUCGCUGCCUUCCUCGAGGAUACCCGUCUUAUUGCCUGCUGUGGUGAGACUGCUCUUACCAACGCCAAGGCCUCCUUCGUUACCAUGAUCCAGGUAUACGAGUACUAUAUCUCGCACAACUUGUCCAAGGCCUUCGAGUCGCUCUUCGGUUCCGUCACCUGUCUUCCCGGCUGUUUCUCCAUGUACCGCAUUCGCGCUGCCGACUCUGGCAAGCCACUGUUCGUCAGUCGCGAGGUUGUUGAGGCUUAUUCCACCAUUCGCGUCGACACCCUGCACAUGAAGAACCUUCUUCACCUUGGUGAGGAUCGUUACCUGACAACACUGCUCCUCAAGUUCCACUCGACCUACAAGACCAAGUACAUCUUCGCCGCCCACGCCUGGACUAUUGCUCCUGACUCAUGGGAGGUCUUCCUCUCCCAGCGUCGUCGUUGGAUCAACUCUACCGUGCACAACUUGAUCGAGCUUAUCCCCUUGAACCAGCUUUGCGGUUUCUGCUGCUUCAGCAUGAGAUUCAUAGUGUUCAUCGACUUGCUGUCUACGGUUGUUCAGCCUGUCACCAUUGCCUAUAUCGUUUACUUGAUCGUCCUGGUGGCGCGCAACGCGACUGUGGUGCCCAUGACAGCCUUCAUUCUCCUUGGUGCGAUUUACGGUUUGCAAGCUAUCAUCUUCACUCUCCGUCGCAAGUGGGAAAUGAUCGGCUGGAUGGUUCUCUACAUCAUUGCCGUUCCCGUCUUCAGUUUCGCCCUUCCUCUCUACUCUUUCUGGCACAUGGACGACUUCAACUGGGGUAACACUCGUGUCGUUGCCGGCGAAGCGGGUCAGAAGAUUGUCAUCUCUGACGAGGGCAAGUUCGACCCCGCCAGCAUCCCCAAGAAGAAGUGGGAGGAGUACCAGGCCGAGCUCUGGGAGGCCCAGACCUCUCACGGCGGCAACAACGACGACAUGCGCUCCGAGAUCUCGGGAUACUCUUAUGCCACCAAGAACCCCUACAACGUUGCCAUGUCCGAGUACGGCGGCGGCGGUUACAACUACGCUAGCCGCCCCGCUUCGACCGUCGGCUACCCCCUCGGAGGCUACACCGAUAAGACAUCGCUGCCCGUUAACAACGCUAGCCGCAUGUCUUUCGCCAACUCUGAGAUGAUGAUGGCCGGUAACCGCCAGUCCCAGUUCGGCGGGUCCCAGUUUAUGGACCAUACUCCCUCGCAGCAGGGGCUGGAAAUGACCAGCCUGGCGGGUAUGCCGAGCGAUGACGCGCUGUUGGCGGAGAUUCGUGAGAUCUUGAGGACGGCAGAUCUGAUGACGGUUACCAAGAAGGGAAUCAAGCAGGAGCUGGAGAGGAGGUUUGGCGUCCCGCUGGAUGCUAGGAGGGCUUAUAUCAACAGUGCUACCGAAGCACUCUUGUCUGGCCAGUUGUAG